AUGGAACAAGAUGUGGACAGCCCAUAUCUAGCUUACUUUAAUGAGCCUGAUGAGGAGUUUGAUGAUGAUGGAAAUGCAAUUGUUCAGAAAAGAGACAAAAAAAAGAUUGGGCCACCAAGGGAUUCUGACUGGGAUGCAUGUGAACAAUUUAUCAGCUGUCUUGCUGUUUUUUAUGAGGUCACACUGAGGGUAAGUGCCUCUAAUCACCCAACCAUUCACACUACCUUCCAUGACAUUGUUCACAUGGAAGAAGCUUUGAUCAGCAGAUCAAUAUGUACCCCCCAAACUGCAACACAAAAAUUAAUGGCUGACAUUGCAUCACUCAUGAAAACCAAGUAUAACAAAUACUUUGGUCAAUUGAAGGAUCUGAACCCUUUUAUUUUUGUGGGAAUUGUAAUGGAUCCAAGGUUAAAGAUGAAGCAUGUCACUAAAUUGUUGUCUGUUGAGUUGAUGUGGAGUGAUUAUGAGGUUGAGAAGAAGGAAAAAGAGAUCAAAGCACUAUUGUUUGAGUUGUUUGAAGAGUAUAGUGCAAAGAAUGAUAAAAGUUUGAAAAAAAGAAGUGUAGAACCUGUGACAAGCAGCAGCAACAGCAGCACCUUGAAGAGGCAAAAAAUUAAGGAAAAUGAUUCUCAUAUUGAGAGUAGGGUCAAUUUAGCCACCAGCAACUUGAA